GGUCAGGGCAGCCGGGCCGAAGGAAAAACUACAUUUCCCAGCAGGCCGAAGCGCCAGCGGAGGGCGAGGAGGCGGCGGAGGAGGAGAAGAAGAAAGCUACAAUAUGGCGACGGCGUCUCUUCCCCGCCGCUGGGAGCUGUGAGGGGCGAAGCCGCGGGAGUUUGACCUGCGCCAGGCCCCGGCGCCGGCCUCCGGGCGCUUCCCCGGCCGCCCUCGCGGAAGCGGCGCCUGCCCCCCCCAGCCGCGCGCAGCCAUGGGGGUGCAAGGCUUCCAGGAGUUCGUGGAGAAGCGCUGCCCGGGCGCCGUGGUGCCGGUGGACUUGCUGAAGCUGGCCCGGACCGUCGCCGGGCGCGGGGCCCCUGCCUACUGCGCCGCCUUCCACCCGGCGGCCGGCUACCCCCACCCGGCUGGAGCUGGCCUGGGCCCCAUGGUGGGGGCCGCCCCGUACCCCCACGCUCAGCACGGCCCGGGCAUGGCCCCCGUCGCCCCUUGCCCGGCCCGGCUGCUGGUGGACGCGGACUCCGCCUUGCAGCGCCUGUACGGGGGCUACCAGACGGACUGGGUAUGCGGGGGCCAGUGGAACGCCAUGGUGGGCUACCUGGCCGCCCUCUCGCAAGCCUGCCUCUACCAAGGCGGGCUGGAGCUGGCCGUCAUCUUCAACGGCGGGCUGGGGAAGGAGAGGCUGCCUGAGUGGGGCAGGAAGGCCCAGGCCGAGAGACAGACGGCCCAGCUCAUAGCCGGGCACGUGGGCAACAAAGGGACCCCACCGCCCCGGGCCUGGUUCCUCCCGCCCGCCUGCUUGGGCCACUGCAUCCGCCUGGCCAUGAUCCGCUUCCGGGUCAAGGUGUUCCAGAGUCUGGAGGACCACCAUCAGGAGGUGGUCUCCUUCUUCCGAGAGAACGGCUUCCACGGUCUGAUUGCUCAUGACUCGGAGUAUGCCCUGUGCAACAUCCCCUCCUACUACAGCUCCCACGCCCUCAAGCUGAGCUGGAACGGCAAGAACCUCACCACCAACCAGUUCCUCAUGCAAGAGGUGGCCAAGCAGCUCGGCCUAAAACUGGGCAGCUUCCCUGUCUUCGCUGCUCUGCUGGGGAACCACAUCCUUCCAGACGAGGACCUGGCUGCUUUCCACUGGAGCCUGCUUGGACCCGACCACCCACUGGCUUCACUCAAGGUCCGUGCCCACCAGCUGGUCCUGCCCCCGUGUGACGUGGUCAUCAAGGCUGUUUCCGAAUACGUCGGCUCCAUCAAAAAUCCCUCCAACUUGGAUGUGAUCGGGAGAGAUGUCUUCAAACACUCCCAGUCCAGGACCGAAGAUAAAAUUGAGCGUUUUAAGAAGGCCGUAGAAUAUUACUCAGUGGCCGUGAAGGCACCCCCUACACUGGUGGGCCAGUCCCCAUAUGUUCUCCCAGGCUUUGGGCCCAACCACUUUGGAGGGCCGGCACCGAUGAACCGCAAUCCAAUGGUCCCUCUUGCUUCAGGGAAGGCCGUGUUUGCACCCCAGGUAGGGCCAAAGAUGCAGUACCAACCACCUGCCCCACAUGGCGGCGUUGGCACUUCCUCAUCUUUUCUUCCUGGCCCCGGCUCCAAUUUUCUCUUCUCUCCUCACGGCCUGACGGACGCAGCCCCCUUCCACGAGGACCCUGCUUUGAAGGGUGGACACUACAACAAUUGGCCCAUGUCUUACGACUGCUGCCCUCCCAAGUUCCCCAACCACCACCUGAGCUCCCGACCUUCUCCGUCGUCCGGACCCGGGUCUUCGCCCUCCUCCUCCUCAGAUGGGGAAGAACACAAUGGAGCCAGUGCCAACCACGUGUCUGAAGCAGCAUCCCGCAAGUCUGGCUGGGAGGAUCCUGGGGGUGAAAAGCUGAUGAGCCAGGGGUGGGGGCAGCCGCCCAGCGGCUCUGGCAGCUCAGGUAGGAACCUCAGUGGGCCCGAGGCCCACAUCCCCUCGUUGCUCUCCAUGGCGACCCGCAACCAUAUGGACAUCACCACCCCACCCCUGCCAGCCGUUGCCCCUGAAGUGCUCCGCGUGGCCGAACACAGGCACCGCCGGGGGCUGAUGUAUCCUUUCAUCUACCACGUCCUGACCAAGGGCGAGAUAAAGAUCCCUGUGUGCAUCGAGGACGAGUGCAACAACGAGCUGCCCCCCGCGGCUGUCCUUUUCCGGGCUGCGCGGCAGUACGUCUACGGCGUCCUUUUCAGCGUGGCCGAGACGCAGCGGCGGAUUGAGCGUCUGGCUGUGCGCAAGCGGAUCCCUGUGGAAACCACUCCCGUCAUCAUCAAGGAAUGGUCGGCAUACAAGGGGAAAUCACCUCAAACCCCAGAACUGGUUUCAGCCCUUGCCUUUCGGGAGUGGACCUGCCCCAACCUUAAGAAGCUGUGGCUUGGCAAAGCGGUGGAGGACAAGAACCGGCGCAUGCGGGCCUUUCUGGCGUGCAUGAAAUCUGACACCCCUGGCAUGCUCAAUCCCGCCAACAUCCCCACGCAUCUGCUCCUUAUGUGCUGCGUGCUCCGGUAUAUGAUACAAUGGCCAGGAGGCCGGAUCCUGCACAGACACGAGCUGGAUGCCUUCCUGGCCCAGGCUGUGUCCUCCCAACUCUAUGAGCCAGACCAGCUCCAAGAACUGAAGAUUGAGAAGCUGGAUGUUCGGGGGGUUCAGCUGGCCGCUCUCUUCAUGAGCGGGGUGGACACGGCCCUCUUUGCCAAUGACGCCUGUGGCCAACCUGUGCCCUGGGAGCAUUGCUGCCCAUGGAUCUAUUUUGAUGGGAAGCUCUUCCAGAGCAAGCUGAUCAAAGCCACGCGGGAGAAAGCCCCUCUCAUAGACCUCUGUGAUGGACAGUCAGAGCAAGUCUCCAAAGUGGAGAAGAUGAGGCAGAGCAUCUUUGAAGGCAUCAAUCUCAACCGCCAGGCCCCACCCCCUCUCCUCCCACCCCCACCCUUUGUGUCCUCCAUGGCCCCACCCUUUUACCCGAUGCCUGUCUACCCUCGCACAAUUGGCUCUGUUCCACCACAAGCCCCUGGCAGAACAAGAGGCUUCACAGGACUCCACCCAAUCCCGCCCCAAGGAGGCAAACUGGAGAUCGCUGGCAUGGUGGUGGGCCAGUGGGCUGGAAGCAGACCAUCCCGGGGCCAUGGCUCGUUCGGGAUGCAAGUGGUGUCUGUCGGAGGCCCGGGGAAAGGCCGUGGCCAUGAUAGUUCUGGGAAGAUUUCCAAAGGAAAUAAGAAAGUCAACAAACAAGGCUCUACCGAUGGAACAGCAAAGACGCCAGAGCUCAACAGCAGCAGUGGUCGUGGCAGCGCCGGCGGCAGUAGCAGCAGCAGCAGCAGCAAUCCCCAGUCCCAGGUGAACGGGAACGGGGGCACCACAGCUACCGUGGGCGAGGACCCAGGGCUUGGAGCCUGCCCCUCAGCCACCUCACCGUGUGCCUUAGCCAGAGACGCUGACUCGUGCAAUAACAAUAGUCCAUUCUUUGGGACGCUGAGUGGGGACCCCGAACAGUGCCCGGAAAACAAGCUUCCCUUCCCAGCUCUGCAGAAAGAGGAGUGAACAGAAGCCGCCGUGGAUCCAGUUGGGGGGUGGUGAUAGAAAGGGCAUGGUGGGGGGAGGGAAAAAAGUUGUUGCACCAUCAACGGAGUGGGAGGAAAGUGUGAUGUUUGAGCAUACGAUUAGAAGCACUGGGAGGAGUGGAUUUAAGUGUGGAGUUGGGGGAGGGAGGGGAGUGCUUCUCUGGCGACAUACCCUGCAGCACUUGAUGGGGCCGUGGCAGUGGCUGACCCACUUUGAAAGAUCGGGUGCUGCUGUGGUAUACCGCGAGGUGGAAGAUGGCGCUUGUAUCCCACGCCGGGUGACCAUAUCUUUUUUCGGUUUCGUUUCGUGCACCUUGCCCCUUGGAUUUGCUAUCAUGCCAAUCGGAUCCACAAGAGCGGCAAUUUGUUUUCCCUUUUUUUAAGUUUAUUUGAUUUCUUUUUUAAUUUUAUAGGGGGGGAGUCUUUUUAGGGGGGCAAGAAUUAUGAAUUCUGGAUUGGGGAAGGGUGUUAUUUUUAAAAGGUAAAAAAAAAGAAAAAGAAAAGCUGGCAAGGUUUUAUUUUAAAAAAUGGGGCAGAUUUUUCCUGCCUUUCUUGUUAAUUUCUUGCCAAUUGCCCCACCGUCAGACCCCAAAGCAACGUUUGCUUUUGGAAAGAGGUCUGGUGGGCUAAAGUUGGGGAAGAGGGAGAGGUUUUUAAAAGAGAGAGAGAGAGAGCAGAACAGUUAUUGCGGGAUAUACACGAUGUGUGUAAUAGUGGCGUGUUCUUUAUAUUAUAUAUGAAAGAGAGAAAAAGAGAGAGAUUAUAUUUAUAUAUAACAUGAAUAGAGCUAUAUAUAAAUAUGAACGCAGCAAACCCGGAAAGGGGUGAAAACGUUCCCAGGAGAUGACUUGCAUUCCAAAGCGCUAUGCGUUUUGCGAAUUAAAGGCCUGUGUCCCCAGCCCACCAGCUGGUCUCAUUGAGGACUGGUGGGGCGAGCGGACGAGGCAGGCCGGCAGAUAUCAGACAGAAAACUUUUUAUCCUUAAAACAGACAAGCACUUAACGGUCACAAUCGCAGGACAGUGAGCAAACAGGAAAAUUGGGGGUCUGUAAGCAGGGAAUAGGUAGAUACGACUGUCCUGCUGGGAAAGUGGGGGUGAAGGAGCAAGUGCUUUAAAUCCCACCCAUAACCCCAACGGCUGGGAUUCUGGUUAUUCAAGGAGUGGUGGAGGGCGUUUGCCUGUAGACACGGCUUUAAUUCUGCAGACUCAGCACACAAUCAGGGACCCAGUGCAGAAUUUGGCAUUCGAAGCAAUUCUGAAGUUUGUCAGUGAUUUAAAAAACACUCUCUGAGUUUCCAGCCCUCACAACGAUGGAAAUGAAUUUAAAAUGGAUAAUUAGAAGGCAGGAUAAUUAUGAUUUAUUGGGGAAGCUAGUCAACCCUUUCACUGGAUUUAUGGGGGGGGGCAGGCUUCAACGCGCUGUACAACUAUCUCUCCCCCCCCCCUCUUGUGGCUGCUACUCUCCCCCACCCCAUUUUUGCCCUCUGCCACUUUUCAAUCUUUACUUUAAAAACAAUUCCAGAAUUUUGAAAACUUUGCAUUUUGGAACAAGCUAGGCAAAAUGAGCCACAGCAGUAUAUAAAAAUGUGUGUAAUAUUGUGUACUGAAACUGGAGGGGAGUGUCAAUUACACAGAGCUUUGUUUUAUACAGAGUAGAUUACAAUAGCCAAGGUCAAAGCUGGAGUUCAGGUGAGCAAGGUUAACAUCCCCAUACAGCGAACUUUAAACCUGUUUGUCAGCUGUUCAGACUUCCAGCAGACCCUUGAAGUUUCUCACAGCGUCCUUUGUGCAUGCUGCAAAUUGCUGAGAUGGGAAAACGUCAGAAUAAUCAUCCCAGCCCAGAAUAUUUAACUUCUGCCUUCUGCUGUCUAUCAGGGUGAAAUUCUGCCCCCCUCCCCUCACAGCUUUCAGAGGGACAACUGAAAUUUGGGGAGAUGGCUUGUGCUGCCUUGUUUGAUCACAAUUUGGACAGAUGUGCCCGCAAGAUACGGGGGGGGGGGGGGGGGUGUGUGGGUGGAUGGCUCCAGGCCACACAAAACCAUCUGCCCAAAAAAUGGUCACCCCUCCACCAUUGGUUUUACAUUGCCAGAAAUUUGCAAAACCAACUGGUGCCAGUGGUGGGACUUUUAGGAGUCAUGAUAGCUGGAACUCCGCUGAAGCCCAACAGAUCUCCAUUGUUUAUAAUCAUUUCUAAGAAUACAAAUUUUGCCUUGCUGAGUCCCCUGGUUUGCCGUUCCCUGUUGCUGGUGAUUUAUUGCACAGCUUUUCCCGAGACAUUUGCUAGCACAGCGCAGCCGUCUUAGUCAUUCUCCAUAAUCGGACUUAUCUGACAUGGGUUGUGCUGAAUAUUUGGAAGCUAGAGUAAAUGGACCUGACGUUUACUCCUCUGAGAUGGGACAGGACAAGAUUUCUUCAACAUGAUUAAUCUUCUCCAACCCCCUGUCACCUCUGCCCUUGAGCCAACAUGGGAUUGUGGUUAAGAGCAGUGGACUGUAAUUUGGUGAACCAGGUUUGAUUCCCCACUCCUCCAUAUGUAACCUGCUGGGUGACCUUGGGCCAGCCACAGUUCUCACAGAACUCUCUUGGCCCCA